GUUUACUUCAUCACCAAGCUAUUACAGACAUUUGGUUAUUUCAAAUUCAUUUUUUGUACAUGGACCCAAAACAAGCAAUGGUGCCCCACAAAAUAUUUCCUGCUUUUACAAAGUUGGCUCCGAAAAUCAAAAUUUCAAGUUUUUAACCCCACCAUAGUGCGCAAUAUGACUCAAAAGCUGUUUAUACGUAUAAUAUACGAUCAUAUACCAUAUCUACGUAUAUGAUGAUAGUAUACCCUCUUUGUUUGCCCAUAAAUAUCAAGCUCCAACAAUGCAAUUCUUCCCUUUUCCCCUUCUAAUCUCUCUCAUCUCUCUACUAAGAAAAAAUAAGCAAUUAUGUUGUCCACUGUACCGGCCUUUUCCUUCCCGGAACCGGGUACAGUUAAUCAAUUUUCUGGUUUCCAAACCGGGUUCACUCCUUGGGAAUGGGACAGCUUUGAUCUCUUUUCCGUGAACCAAUUGUCUCUUGAACCGGCCGUUCCCAGCCCUUGUUAUGGUGAAACCGACUCUGGUCUCGUCAGAAUUAAUUCUGGUUUUGAUGAUACUAAAACCGGUUCUGAUGAAUCUUGUGUCGGUUUCACCAAAACCAAAACCGGUUUUGAUGAUGCCGUCAGUUCACAGGGCCUAUGCACUCAAGCAGACGAACCGGACCCGGAAGAGCAGAAUCAUAACCGGAAUAAAUGGAUUCAACCGGAGAUGACCGACGAGAGGAAGAGGAAGAGGAUGGAAUCGAACCGGGAAUCAGCGAGACGGUCAAGAAUGCGUAAACAGAACCACAUUGAUAACUUAAGGAACCGAGUAAAUCAGCUGGAUCUGGAAAACCGUGAGCUAGGGAACCGGCUCCGGUUAGUUGUAUACCACCUUCAACAUUUGAACACGGACAAUAACCGGCUCGUGACGGAACAAGAGAUGCUCCGGUUAAGAUUGUCGGAGAUGAGGCGGAUUCUGAUUCUCAAACAACUCCAACAACAGCAACAAUGGGAACUCAAUAACAGGAGAAUGAUCAUGUCUGAACAACAAACCCAUCUUCGAUCAUCCAUCAUAUGA